AUGGUUUAUGAAGUUCGCACUUUAACGGAAAAACAACUGAAAGAGGUGAUGCGUCUUAAUUUGCGCUGCUUUAGUAAUGGUGAAAAUUACACGAAGCACACCUUUAAUUAUCUUUUAAGCGAUUCCCGUACUAUAAGUUAUCGGGUUGUCACACCUGAAAAUGAAAUGGUCGGGUUCGUCUUCGUAAUGAUGGAUGACAAAGGCAUCGGGCAUAUUACGACAAUCGGCAUUGCACCCGAACACAGACGGCGCGGUUUAGCGGAACGGCUUUUGGCGCAUUGCGAAGAAGCCUUGCGAAAGCGUCAAAUAAGUACUGUAAUGCUCGAAGUCCGUGUCAGCAAUAUUGCCGCACAAAGUCUGUAUCGAGGUCUUGGUUAUUUGGUAGUUCAAAGAAUCGGCAAAUACUACAACAACGGCGAAGAUUGCUUUUUGAUGAUGAAAUCUCUUUUUAACGGAUAA